AUGUCCCGCGAAGCCUACCAAGUUCCCACCAACGUGGGGGGCACGCAGAACGCCUUUGGCGCCGACUCAAUGGGCGGCGGCUCCCUGGACGGCCCUGUGGUUGCCUACCUGUGCGGCGAGUGCAACUCCCGCGUUUCGCUGAAGCGAGGAGACCAGAUUCGGUGCAAGGAGUGCGGACACCGUGUUUUGUACAAGGAGCGGACGAAAAGGAUGGUUCAAUUCGAGGCUCGGUGA